AUGGCGGAAGGUGACGAUCGUAAUGAAAAGUAUAAUAUACCUCCUCCUUCUUCCUAUAAACCGAUCUAUCCGGGAAUGCCGGAGGAUAUAUCGAUCAAGUUUGCUAUGAUGAAUGGUAAGCCAAAAGGCAAUAAUGGAUUUGCUGAUGAUAUAUCACUUAUUAUCAAAGCUGCGGAUUUAGCUGCUCGGCGUCAUCGUCAACAGCGUAGAAAAGAUAUCACACAAACUCCAUAUAUUAAUCAUCCAAUCGGUGUUGCUUAUAUUUUAACAAAUGAAGGACAAAUAACCGAUACAGCAACAAUCAUUGCUGCCAUUCUGCAUGAUGUUGUUGAGGAUACAAAAACAACGGAUGAAGAAAUUCGAGAAAUGUUUGGUGAUGAGGUAGCAGAUAUCGUUAAAGAAUGCACAGUGAUUAAAAAUAUGAAACGUGAAGUAAGGAUGAAAUUUGAAUUGGAAAAAGCAUCAGGAUUGUCACAUAAGGCAAAGCUUGUACAUUUAGCGGAUAAGCUGUAUAAUAUCCGUGAUAUCGAGCGUGGCACACCAUUCGGUUGGACAAAACAGCAAGUGACGGAAUAUAUUUUAUUUGCAAAGGAUUUGUUACGGAACAUCAGAGGGAUAAAUGAACCACUGGAAACAGCUUUGGAUGAUAUCAUCAAUAAACAUAUCAGAUGA